AUGAGAAACUCAGAGAACAGAUCUAAUCCAGCAGCUAGAGGAGAGCUGUUUCUUUUAAUUAUUAUGGCUAUAGUUUUGCCUCCCUUGCCUAUGUAUCUUAUCGAUAGAUCUAUCUUCAGUAGAAACUUUAUUAUUUGUUGUCUAUUAACACUUUGUGGUGGUAUUGCUGGUCUGAUAUUUUCAUGUUAUAUUAUCUAUUUGCAUUUACAGCACGAACCUAUUCUUGAAGGUUAUACAAGAUUAGAUGAAGAUGAAGAGCAACAAUUACGUGCCAAUCCUGAAAAUAGAGAAACUCAAGAUGAACAACCAACACAUUCUCAUCGUAUUCAUCAUGAUGAAGAGCACGUUCAACCUGAUCCUAACCAAAUCUUAACUGCAAGUGAUUUACCAUCUUAUGAUGAAAUUGUUGGCAGUUCAAAUGGACCAGAACAAACUCGUGAUGUUAAAGUGAAUGGUGAUCAUAAAGUUCAACAAUAA